AUUUCCCAGUGACCAGGGAUGGGAAAAACUUGUAAGGCCCAGCCCAGGCCACAGGGGCAACAAGGAAAAGAGCCAGGGCAGAGACAGGGUGAAUCAGCUCACCGGAGCAGAGGGGUUGGAAAAAUCAAAGAAACUGCCCAGCAGAGAAUCCCCACUGGAGACAGACCCAGUAUGUUUGGUGACUCUGGGAAAAGCUUACCUGGGAGUUCAGCCCAUCUUACUCAGCAGACAAUCCACAAGGGGAAAAAACCCUAUAGAUGUGCUGAGUGUGGGAAAAGCUUUUCUCAGAGUACUACGCUCAUUAACCAUCAGAGAAUCCACACAGGAGAAACACCCUAUACAUGUCUGAUGUGUGGGAAAAGCUUCCGAUACAGUUCAGUCCUUGCUACACAUCAGAGAAAACACACUGGAGAGAAACCUUAUAAAUGUCCUGAGUGUCAAAAAACAUUCAGUGGCAGUGGAAACUUUAACAGGCAUCAGAAGAUGCACACAGGAGAGAAGCCCUUCAAAUGCACUGAGUGUGGGAAAAGCUUCAGGGAGGGCUACCACCUUGUUUCACAUCAGAGAAUGCACACGGGAGAGAGACCCUAUGAAUGCCUUGACUGUGGGAAACACUUCUCUGACACUGCUGGACUCAUUAUCCAUCAGAGAAUCCACACAGGAGAGAAGCCCUAUAUGUGCCCCAAGUGUGGGAUCAGCUUUGUUCAGCCCUCACAACUUGUUAGACACCAGAGAAUCCACACGGGAGAAAAGCCCUAUAAAUGCCUGACCUGUGGGAAAAGCUUCAGUGAUAAGUCACUUUUAAAUCAACACCAGAGAAUCCACACAGGAGAAAAACCCUAUACAUGUCUGACCUGUGGGAAAAGCUUCAGAUACAGUUCAGCUUUUACCACACAUCAGAGAAAACACACUGGAGAGAAACCUUAUAAAUGCCCUGAGUGUGGGAAAAGCUUCAGUAGCAUCACAACCUUUAACGGUCAUCGGAAGAUACACACAGGAGAGAAGCCCUUCAAAUGCUCUGAUUGUGGGAAAAGCUUCAGGAGGCGCCCAGACCUUAAUAUACAUCAGAGAACACACACAGGAGAGAAACCCUAUAAAUGCCUGAUCUGUGGGAAAACAUACCGGUGUAGCUCACACCUUUCGAAACAUCAGAGAAUCCACACAAGCAAGAAAUCCUUGAAGUGCCCUGAGGGAAGGGCCAAGUGAAUAACGUCUUUGCCAAUUCCCUUGAAUCUCAGAGCGUCAGGCCAGGCUGGAGUGGCUGUGUAAUGGGGAUAUGCAAAGAUUAUAAAGCAGAGAAUAAAAUCGCAUUCUGGGGACAGAGUUAUGUAGAGCAAGAGGCUGGGAUAAGGUUCCCACAUUGGGAUGGGAUUGGUUUAUGAUUUUUCAAGAAGCUCUGAACAUCCUCUGAUCAGCACCUACAUUUAAGUUAAUUCCCCACAAUUUGUCAGUUCAGGCCAUAGUCAAGGAGCAUGUUGGAUUCCUUGUUGACACUAAGCUCUCACAUAGCAGCAUCUGCAAGUAACGUUCUCAAUCAUCUCUCCUUGGCUAGGAGAUGCUAUUCCCUCCAGGCAGACAAAAAUCUGGCCUCAGUUACUCACAGCUUUGUCACCCCUCAGCAGGGCUGCAGCAAUGUGAUCUGCCUGGCCACGAAACCAUCAGUGUCGAGGGACCUUCAGCUAGUACAGAACGCUGCAGUGCAUCUUCUCUGCAACAUGAGCUCCUGUGAGCAUACGCCUGUCCUCCGCUCCCUACAUUGCCUGCCCCAGAAUAUCAAAUUAUGUUCAAGAUCUUGGUCCUUAUCUUCAAGGUGCUCCAUGGCCUGGGCCCGGGUUAUUUAAAACACUUCCUAAAGCUCUAUGAAGAAGACCAUAUACAGCAACUUUGCAACUCUAGCACGUUGAAACUGGUUACAGUAAGGGUAACGUUUAUUUAUGCGGAGACAAAACUGCCUUGGCCAGACUCAGAUAGUGGAAUGAACUCCCCCCGGAGCUAAAGACCAUCACCAACCUGACCACCUUCUGCUCCAGAUGUAAGCCACAUUUCUUUGACUUUGCCUUCUGUAGUAUAAAUAUAUAUCAACACAUGUACUUACUGCCACAAACAAAACCUACCAUAACAGAACUCUUCCCUGCACACACUUCUCCCUCAGGAAAUGAUGAGAGAACAAACAUGUGACAGAAGGUUGCUUACAGCACUACUGAAAGGUGCUCACAUACUGUGGGCAUGAGCCUGGUGUAAGCAUCCACACAGAAUAGAAUUCUGCUGCCAUGCAGCUACAAUCUGAUUUUCUUAUUCUCUGUAAUUUAACAUCACAGACUCAUCGAGGAUUAGGGUUGAAGAGACCUCAGGAGGUGUCUAGUCCAAGUUCCAGUGUCCCUCUAAUUUUCCCCACUCGUGUGCGGAAUGAAUCUUGUUAUGUGACACCAGCAUGGAGGUGAUGUGUGACAAAUCAUUUCCAUAUUGGGGCACAUAACAAAAUUAGUGGGGUGGGGCUGAUUGGUUUGUUCGGUGUUUGGGAGGGGGCUCCA